AUGGCCAAAAAUUCCUAUGCUUGGGAAAACAGUUCUUACAGUAGUGAUUCUACAGUAUCUACAGAGUUGUACGAUGUUUGUGUUCGUAUCAGCAAGGUAUCACAUUACUGCGCCUUUACUUCUGGAAUGAUAUUAUCGCUUACUUUGGCUUGUCUUAUUAUGCAAAGGACUGAUACAAUAUUCAAGACUUACAAAACUAUGUUGAUAUUCAACUGCUUUACGGAUCGACAGUUCUUGGUUGUCGGGUUCUUGUGCCAAUUUGUAAGUUUUUAUUGUAAUGAUCAUUUUUGUAAUCUCAAAUAUUCCAGACGUUCCGAUUAAACGAAGGCGUAGCCUUAGCAUCAAUAGAAGGCCCGGCUUCUGCUUUAUCGUAUACUGGUCAAUCAGUAAUUACUGGUAUCUUUGCUGCAUCUCUAGGCGUCGUUAUUACAAGUCUGCCAGCUAAUUAUUGUUAUCGUUAUCAAUAUUUGAAGCAGUAAGUUUCUAAAAAAACUUGCAAAAUUUUUGUUUUUACCACUUCUGAAUACAAAAUUAACUACAACAUUUUAUCAAAUAACACUUGUAACUAACAUUGCAUAGUUAAAAAAAUUAUAAUAUAAAGUAUGACAAUUGAUAUAACACAUAUUUUAGCUCCACACCUCCCAAAAUUCAUCGCCUUUUGUUAUUAUACGUUAUAUCGUACCUAGUUGUUAUACCGGUCGGUUUCUUUACAGCAUAUUACUUUAACCAAAGCGGAUUAGCUCGUCCACACUUUAAUUACGGGUCUUUAUGGUACAACACUCAGCCUCUACCCACGCUGUUGGUGAUGGAUUUUGUAAGUCUUUGUUUUGUACAUUAAUAUAAAAACAAAAUACUAUAUUAUAGUAUUAGUUGAUACGAAAAAAUAAUUAGCUUAUCACUUACUCAAAGCAUAAGUAAUCGCGCAUCAGUUUUUGACUAUUAUGAUAUCUUUUUAGACUAAAAUAUUGUAACCCUUGCAAUUACAGUAAUAUAAUUGUACUUUACAGAGCAUAAUUGGCCCACGCCUUCACAUCGCUUAUUGUUUUGUUUGUUUUGGCGGCGCUUGUGUACUUGCAUUAGGAUUUGCACUAAAAACUUUAACGUACUACACAGAACACGAGAAGCUGCUAAACACACGAUCACUCAGACUACACUCACAGUUGUCAAAAGCUUUGCUGAUACAAGUAAGUGAACACGUAAAACAUACUAACAUGUCGCACAAUAGCUUAAAUUUCAAUAUCUCCCAAAUCCCCCACAAUUUCACACUGUAAUUUCGCAAAUACCGUACCAGUUACACCAUUAUAAAAUUAACUUACCAUAUUUUCAGUCUAGCCUCCCAAUGAUAGCAUCUAUGGGUCCAAGUGUAAUAAUCAUCGCAGCCAUCUUAUUCGGCUUGGACUGUGGAGUACUAACCAUACUCAUGUUCAAUAUUUAUGCCUUUGUGCCCAUUCUGAACCCAUUGUGCACAAUCUUUGUCAUCAAACCUUUUAGAAAAGAAGUUCUGAAACGAUUUACCAACAGAAUCCCACAAGAACCCAGCUUUCUUCAAUCAAAAACCAGGGUAUCCGACAAGAUACCAACAAUCUCAUCAAAACACGUCUACGGCCGCGCUUCUUCAAGUAUUUUGUCACGGAAGUCGACGUGA